UGCGCGUGGAGUCCUUGCGGGUUACAAAUAUCACUAGCGCAGAAUCACGUUCUUCAUUGCUUCAGUUGGACCAACGCCGACGCAUUCCCCUCCGAGCCUCCAACGCAGGACCAGAUCGAUGCGAGCGGUUCCUUGAAAGGCACCAAUGGACUUCGAUUGGACAUUGGGAACGCUUCCGUUGGCCCCAUUGCUGCAGUCGCACGCGUAACACCAACUAUCUGCAUUCUCGCGACAGAUAGCAAAGUGGUUCUUGAAGAUAUCUCCCGUGCAGCUCCAGCGUUAAACCCGAUAUUCAGCAGUACAUUGCCAAUCGAAACAUCGUCAGUAUCCAGUUUGCUGCUGCAUCCGGGAAGCUCAACUCGUGCAGAUAUUCAAGAGCGAGUAGCGUCUUCGUCCAACGAUAUCAUUGACUUGACUUCGAUACGCAUCUCAAGCAGCUUCCAGAGUUCGCUGCAAAUACUGAAUCGCACUGAGAAUACUGAAAUUGCCCCACAGACGAAGCCUCGUUCCCGCUUGCUGAUUGUCGAGCACAAAGCACAGCAGUGGAGCAUCACUUCAACCCUCGAUCUGCCCCACUUGACCUCACCCGACGUCAUUGCUGUCCAGGGCAUGCGGGUAAUUGUAGGAAGCACCUUGUCGCCGCGUUUAAUUGUUGCGCACUUGGACGUUUCCGAUCGCAUGGAGUGGACGGCCUCGCUCUCCGGUGAACUGGAAUUGCCGUCCACACAUGUGUGCAGAGGAAUCUACCUCGCCGAGAGGUCUCCGUUCGCUGACGUCGCGUCGACCGAGAAGCGCAAGCGCGCCACCUUUUUCCAUGCGGCUGCGACCAAUGAGCCAGUGCCGAUCUAUCUGUCUAAGUUCAAGCUCAUCCUGGAGAAGAUGGCGGCCAUGCAGACGCAAUUAAACGUACGCUUCGACGACGUGGACAAAAUGCUGCUGCAGUUAUCGGCGCGCGUCGAGCAACUGGAGCGUAACGGCGGAACAAGUGCCAGGUAA